AUGACAGAUCCAUUUUAUGUCGAGGGUGAUUUAGAGGAUUUUGAAGAAGAGGACGACCCAGAGAGUCAAUUCUACGGGGAUGAACAAAGCAACAAUGAAGACGAUGAAAUCACUCCAGAUAUGUGGCAAGAGGCUUGUUGGAUUGUGAUCAGUAGUUAUUUCGAUGAAAAGGGUCUAGUCAGACAACAGUUGGAUUCUUUCGAUGAAUUCAUUCAAACAUCCAUUCAAAAGAUUGUUGAAGAUUCGCCUAUCAUUGAACUGCAGGCAGAAGCUCAACACACUGGUGGAAUUCUAGAAACUCCUGUUCAAUAUCGUUUAAAAUUUGAACAGAUCUAUCUGAGUAAAGCUACGCAUUGGGAGAAAGACGGAUCUUCAGUACCGAUGACACCGAAUGAUGCACGGUUGAGAAAUCUCACGUAUGCAGCACCGCUGUAUGUCGAUGUCAUGAAAAGAAUUAUACGUGAUUCUGUGAUUGAAGAGAAACCGCUGGAGAAAAAGUUUAUCGGAAAAAUACCGAUUAUGCUGAGAUCUACAUAUUGUCUACUGUCAGUAAUGAGUGAUCGUGAUUUGGCUGAAUUAAACGAGUGUCCAUUAGACCCUGGCGGUUAUUUCAUCAUUAACGGGUCGGAGAAAGUUUUGAUCGCUCAAGAGAAAAUGGCUACUAAUACAGUGUAUGUUUUCCGACAGAAAGACAGUAAAUAUGCCUACAAAACAGAGAUUCGAUCAUGUCUUGAGCAUAGUUCACGGCCUGCUAGCACCUUAUGGAUCAAUAUGAUGGCACGUGGUGGCAAAGACGGCAGCAAACGGGCUACUAUCGGUCAACGGAUUGUAGCUAUUCUACCCUACAUAAAACAAGAGAUUCCAGUGUUAAUUGUUUUCCGAGCAUUGGGUUUUGUCGCUGAUCGUGACAUCCUGGAGCAUAUUAUCUAUGAUUUUGAUGAUACAGAAAUGCGUGAAAUGAUUAAACCCUCACUGGACGAUGCAUUCGUGAUUCAAGAACAGAAAGUUGCCCUUAAUUUUAUCGGUUCCCGAGGUGCUCGUCCUGGUGUUACAAAGGAGAAGAGAAUAAAGUAUGCUAAAGAAAUCCUACAGAAGGAGACUUUACCACAUGUCGGUGUUUCCGACUUUUGUGAAACUCGUAAAGCCUAUUUUCUAGGCUAUAUGGUGCAUCGUCUACUGUUGGCUGCUUUAAAACGUCGCGAUGUCGACGAUCGUGAUCAUUAUGGGAAUAAACGGUUGGAUUUGGCAGGACCACUUCUCGCCUUUCUCUUUCGUGGAUUGUUUCGAAAUCUUACCAAGGAGAUUCGGUUGUAUGCGCAAAAGUUUAUAGACAAAGGCAAAGAUUUCAAUUUGGAAUUGGCUAUUCGCAGUCAAAUUAUCACUGACGGGUUGAAGUAUUCCCUAGCCACAGGGAAUUGGGGUGAUCAGAAAAAAGCGAAUCAAGCUCGUCCCGGGGUUUCACAGGUGCUAAAUCGGUUGACCUUUGCAUCAACAUUGUCACAUUUACGGCGUUUAAAUUCACCUAUCGGAAGAGAUGGAAAGUUGGCAAGGCCUAGACAAUUGCAUAACACUUUAUGGGGUAUGAUUUGUCCAGCUGAGACACCUGAAGGUCAUGCUGUGGGAUUGGUAAAAAAUCUUGCUCUUAUGGCGUAUAUAUCUGUUGGAAGUCAACCAUCGCCUAUUCUGGAAUUCCUGGAGGAAUGGAGUAUGGAGAAUUUAGAGGAGAUUGCUCCUUCAGCUAUUGGGAAAACAUGUAAAAUAUUCGUCAAUGGUUGUUGGGUAGGCAUUCAUAGUUCACCGGAUCACUUAAUGGGCACUCUGCGUAAACUUCGUCGUCAAGUUGAUGUCAUUGUCAGUGAGGUCAGUAUGAUACGAGAUUAUCGUGAUCAAGAAAUCCGGAUUUAUACAGACGCUGGACGUAUUUGUCGUCCACUGGUCAUUGUUGAAAAAGGCAAACUACUUUUGAAACGUAGUCAUAUUGAACUAUUAAAGGAUAAAGCGUACAAUCGGUAUAGUUGGCAGGAUCUUGUGCUCAGUGGUGUAGUCGAGUACAUCGAUACACUUGAAGAAGAAACUGUUAUGAUAGCUAUGGGUCCGGCGGAGAUGCAAGCUGCAGUGAAUUACUGUAAAACGCAUACACAUUGUGAAAUUCAUCCCAGUAUGAUUUUGGGUAUUUGUGCCAGCAUUAUACCCUUUCCUGAUCAUAACCAAUCACCAAGAAAUACUUAUCAAAGUGCUAUGGGUAAACAAGCUAUGGGUGUGUAUAUUAGUAAUUUCCAUACGAGAAUGGAUACCUUGGCUAAUGUUUUAUACUAUCCUCAAAAACCACUUGUCUCUACUCGAUCUAUGGAGUACUUACGUUUCAGAGAACUUCCAGCUGGCAUCAAUGCAAUCGUUGCCAUAGCCACAUACACUGGCUAUAAUCAAGAAGAUUCUGUCAUUUUAAAUGAAAGUGCUAUUCAACGUGGAUUUUUUAGAUCUGAAUUUUACAGAACCUAUAAAGAUCAAGAGACACGACAUGGUAUGGAUUUGGAGGAGGUAUUCGAGAAACCGAAUCCACAAAAUUGUCAAGGAAUGCGUCAUGCUAUCUAUGAUAAAUUAGAUGAUGAUGGCUUGAUUGCACCGGGGACAAGAGUUUCAGGCGAUGAUGUACUCAUUGGAAAGACGAUUACACUGCCAGAAAAUGAAGAUGAGACGGAAGGCAGUCAACGCAGAUUUACUAAACGUGAUGCCAGUGUAUUUAUGCGUCGUAGCGAGUAUGGUAUAGUUGAUCAAGUGAUGGUGACCUGGAAUAAUGAGGGGAAUAAAUUUUGUAAAGUCCGUGUACGUACUACAAAAGCCCCUCAGGUCGGUGAUAAAUUUGCCAGUCGACAUGGGCAGAAAGGUACUUGUGGUAUUCGAUAUCGUCAAGAGGAUAUGCCGUUCACAUGUGAAGGGAUUACGCCGGAUAUUAUUAUUAAUCCACAUGCUAUACCUAGUCGUAUGACGAUUGGUCAUUUAAUUGAAUGUUUACAGGGUAAAGUAAGCGCAAAUAAAGGCGAGAUCGGUGAUGCUACACCAUUCAAUGAUGCUGUCAAUGUGAGAAAAAUUUCAAUCCUUUUACAAGAAUAUGGUUACCAGCACACGGGUAAUGAGAUCAUGUACAAUGGUUUCACUGGGCGAAAGUUAAAUUCACAAAUUUUCUUAGGACCAACAUAUUAUCAACGUUUAAAACAUAUGGUCGAUGAUAAAAUUCAUAGUCGUUCCAGAGGGCCUGUACAAAUUCUCAAUCGUCAACCUAUGGAAGGUCGUAGUCGUGAUGGUGGACUGCGUUUCGGUGAAAUGGAACGUGAUUGUCAGAUAGCGCAUGGUGCAGCUCAAUUCCUAAGGGAACGAUUAUUUUUUGCCAGUGAUCCAUAUCAAGUUUAUGUGUGUAAUCUGUGUGGAUUGAUAGCGAUAGCGCAUCAACGUAAUAAGACAUAUGAGUGCCGGUGUUGUAAGAAUACAACUCAGAUCUCCUUGAUCAAAUUACCCUACGCGUGUAAACUAUUAUUCCAAGAAUUAAUGUCAAUGUCUAUCGCACCGAGAAUGAUGAUUAACAGCCCAGUGUCUUAGUGUGUGUGUGUGUGGAAGAAUGCACUGUAUAAUUCUAUUUGUGUGACUAUGUAAUAAUAAUAAUAAUUAUUAUUAUUAUUGUUAUCUUGUAAA